GUGGCAUGUCAGGAUCCACUGGUGUAACACCUGCUCGAUCAGGGACCACUGGAAGAUCAGAAUCUGGGACAACUGGAUCAUCAGCUAAAGGUUCAGGCACAACUGAAUCCUCCUCUGAAAGAAAAGGGACAACCGGAUUAUCCACUGGAGGGACAGGAACAACUGAAUCACCAUCUGAAGGAACUGGGACAACCAGAACCCCAGCAGAAGGGAAAGGAACAACUGGUCCAGCAGCUGAAAUGCCAGGAUCCACUGGUGUAACACCCGCAGGUUCAGGGACUACUGUAAAAUCAGAAUCUGGAGCAACUGGAUCAUCUGCUACAGGUUCAGUAACAACUGAAUCAUCAUCUGAUAAAACUACAACAACCAGACCAUCAGCUGAAGAAUCAGGGACUACUGGAUUUGUAGCUGGUACCACUAGAUCUACUCAAGGAAGUUCUGGAUCAUCAACUGGAUCAGAGACAUGA